AUGGACCAUGUGCCUGGGAAGAUCGAAGGGCACAUCCCCGGCACCAGAGUGAUGACCGCCACAAAGUCAAUAGGAACUGCCGCCGACGCGUUCUCGGGGCCGGCUUCUCAACUCGACCCUCUCUCGACCAUGGUGGAUGGUGGCCUGAUUAUGAGCGGCGAUUGUGGCGGGACCAACUCGCGACUGACGCUCUUUAAGGUUCCAGCCGGGACGGUCUUCUCGAAGAAGUACCCCAACGCUGAGUUCCACUCCAAGGGGCAAGGCUUUGUCGACAUCUGCAAGUUGUUCCUUGAGCAGGCGGGGGCGGGCAAGCCGUUGGUGUGCUGCCUCGCGUGCGCGGGCGGCAUCCUCAACAACACCGUUGACUUCACCAACGUGUCGACCGGCUGGAAGAUUGACGGCGGCGAGCUCGCAAAGGAGCUCGGCAUCAAGCGAGUGACACUGAUCAACGACUUUGAGGCCCAGGGCUACGGGCUGCUCACACUGCACGACGAUGAGCUGGUGAAGCUGAAUGGCGGUGUGAAGCGCCCCGGUGCGCCCAUCGCGUGCGUGGGUGCCGGCACGGGGCUGGGCGAGUGCUUCUUGACGUGCGACAAGGUCUCUGGCAAAUAUACCUGCUUCCCGAGCGAGGGUGGGCACGCCGAGUUUUCGCCACGCGACCAGCUGGGCGUGGACUUUCUUGAGUACCUCAAGAAGGUCACCGGCGGACGGCGCGUCUCGGUCGAGCGCGUGGUUUCAGGCCCGGGCAUAGUAAAUAUCUACCAGUUCCUUCGCCAGCACUGGGCCUUUAUCGAGCUGAAGAACAAGAAAAUUGACGACGAAAUCACCAGCACUCCAGAGUACGACCAGGCACGGAUCAUCGUCAAAGGCGCGAAGGAGGGCGACCUCGUUUGCAAGAAGGCAAUCGACAUCUUCUGUGUCAACUACGGCUCCGAGCUUGGCGUUGCCGCGCUCAAGUGGCUUCCUUACGGCGGGCUCUACAUCUCCGGCGGCAUCGCGGCAAAGAAUCCUGACUGGGUCAAGUCGGAUGCGUUCCAGAGCACGUACAAGGACAAGGGGCGCCUUUCACCGCUCGUUGAGUCCAUUCCUCUCUAUCUGGUCACCGUCGAGGACACCGGCGAGCGAGGGGCGCUCUUUGUCGCGGUUCGACUCCUGCUCGCCUGA